AAAGUCUGUAGCGAUCGUCACAGUCGCGUCGUGAUUCCGUUUACCGCCUUUAAUGUAUUAUCAUCAUUAUCAUUCGCCCUUCGCUCAUCUCGUUUUCUAUUCAGACUAGAUUUCACCUCCGUUAAAUGUAGCAAAACUUGGAAUAAAUUUCAGGAUUUAUAUAUUAAAAUUUUUGAUUUGAUGAAAAUUAAAAUUGAAGGCGGAUGCACGUUAUCGAUACGACCAAUAUUCCCAUAUACGUGUAAUGUAUCAUAUCCAUGGAUUACACGCUCCGUGAUUACUGGAAAUAAUAUAACGAUGCGUUCACACGUUUGGGAACAGCUGUGUAUUUACAUAGUCACUGGUAUUUAUUAACGUCGUAAGUAUACACAACUUUUUGUAAAAGCAGAAUACGCAAUGGAAAUGGAUACAACUAUUAUAUACUAAAAGCGGUAUGUUUAUGAAUUAUCGCAUUAGGUGGUGGCCAAUCAUAACAUAAAUUCAUAAUUAUAUGACGUAGCAGAGGUAAUGAAGGACGCGCGCGUACACGGCAGACAGCAUGAACUCUUCUAUGACUUAACAUGAAAGACAAUGAAAGAAACCCCCCUACUGAUCCUGGUUAUAAUGAUGUAUAGCGGUUUCUUCAUCUCCUGUGCAUUGUCCCGUCCCCACAACCCAAACCCCCAGGUUAGCAUGUAUGGAUGUGGCAGAGGAGGGAAAAAGUCGUUGAUCUGCGAUCCUGAUCUGGUAAUCUCAGUUCAAGACGCAAAUCUAAUAGACAAGAAGCUACAUGAAAUACAAGACUCCUUUGAAUGUGAAUGCGACCGGAAAAACGACACGUGUCGAGGUUACACGAUCAGUAUUUAUUUAACAAAAACAAUUCCAAAAUACUAUUACGGAAACACACCAACGGCAGAAGACUAUGCAAACCGCUUGCGCAAAGACUGGGACUUUGGUGAGUGUGGAGAGGACAUCGUUAUUGUUGGUGUAAAGGACACACAGCAGCGAGCAACGUCAGUUGGUAAAAUUGCAGCUAGGAAAAUAACCGAAGAAGUAAUAUCGGAUGUAUAUCAAAAAACAAUUGACAGAUUUUCUGAAAGUUACAAGGACGGUUUGCUUGCGAUGUUAAAUCGUUACGAACAGGCAUUAUCGGAUGGAUAUAGUCUUGCAGUUAUAAUUCCUGUAUGGACCAUUGUGCAAAUGCUAGGAGGCGCUUUGUUCGUGUUAUGUUGUUUUUGUAGCAUGUAUGUAUGUAAGCGAAUAUAUUCCUGAUGACGGGUGUGCCACAUUGCUGCAUUCAUUUCCUUGGAGUUAUUGUCACUAGCCUUGAGAUAUAUUUUUGGAUAUGCAAUCAGAACGACGCAUCGAUACUCAUUAAUUUGCUGCUUUUCAAAAGCGCAAAAAAAAUUGGAAUAAUAUCAACACAGAAUGUAUGUGGAUUUGUAUUUAUUCUUGGUAGGAUAUUAACAAAUGGGCAUUGUGUACGACGGAGUUUCGGUUGUAAUCAAGUACGAUUAAUGUCAAACAUCAACUCUAAUUAGCAGAGAUAAUCCGAGAUCCUCUGAAAUAUGAAUAUCGUUCAUGUAAUAUUUUGUUUACACGACUAACAGGGAUCUAUGCAACUGAUGCUGCAAUCGCAGCUCACCCUUAAGGUGAGGCCUACAUAUCUCAACAUGCCUUGAUAUACUGCUAACACCAGCCCUGAAGAGUUCCAUGGACAACCGUUUGAGUACGAUGGUCUCUCAGAAUAAUUGCAGGUUGGUCUGUUGUAAUGGAGAUGCGCACGCGCGUCAAAAUGGAGAGCACAAUCAGCCGUUUCAAUCGAAUUUGAAUUCAUUGACCUCAAUAGUGUAACGAUAGUAAAUGUGAAAUUUGAAAAUGUCGGGCUCAAUUACACACAGAAUUAUUAACCUAAUCCUUUCUGUAUUUGCCCUUCCACGAUCAGGAAUGUAUGCCGUGAGAAGGAAGAUCGAAUUUAUGUUUACCAUUGCAUGAGGUACUCUGUUUUAUCGGAGUAUAAUAGUGAUGAACAGAAAAACAACCCAUACCGGUAUGUCGUUCGAUGAGAGGACGCCGUUAGACAAAGAUUGACAAAACUAGAAUAUUCCUCUCGGUUUACAUAAUUAAAGGAGAAUAUUUUGCGACAACAUUUCAGUAGUAUCUCUACGAUUGAAAAUUCACAAAACCAUACGUCUUGCGAUUUAACACCUCAUCGUUUUAUAAGCCAAAUGUCAGUACUACAACAACGGAACGAUCACGUGAUUUAGGGAUAGGCCUAUGGGUAAUGGGAAAAAGUUGUUUUAACUUUCCUUAUGAGGAUGUACAUGAAUUCCGGGCGAAUAUUAACUGGACCAUCACUUAUGAAAUCUAUGGUGACAUGAAAGUAGGCCUAUAUGAUUUAUUUUUAGUCUGUAUAAGCUAUUCUAUUUCUCAGCAAUUAGGCCUAAUCCAGUUUAAUUAUUUUGGUGUUAGUUUACGAUGAGUUUGACUUACAUAAUAUGUUACUUUUUAAGAAAACUUUCAUAAUGGACAAUAAUUAUAUAUCUAGGCCUACACAAAUUAAUACAGUUCACCUAUUUCUGCCUUUGGAUACGGCCAUAAUUGUAAUUGAAUAAAUGUUUUACAUUUAGUGAAUUACUUGGGCCAAUAAUUAGGACUGAACAAAAAGCUGAUUGUCUCCUCUAUAAAGUGUUUAUAUAAGCAAUGAAACAAUACUGUACAACAUCACAUUCCAAGAAGUACAACAUGAUUUUUUGUUGUCAUGCCCUGUAUUAGACUAAAAAAUGUUCUUAUCGUUCUUUCAUAACAGAAGAAACGUGUGGGUUACUUUAAUUUAUGAAUUUUAUGUUUUCGAGCAUAUUUAGUAUCAAUCUAUUAAUCUCCCACAUAGUAUCAUGCUCUAUAUGGGUUUGUGGAUGCAACAGUUGAAAAAAGUUUUUUUUUUUUUUAAAGGAUCUGAGCUUAUGAAUCUGCAAUUAAUAGUUCUAAUACAAAACAAAAGUAGUGUGGCACUGUUGACUAUCACACUCUAAUAUUAAAUGGCCAUUUUUGAAAAAAUGUAGCAGCUUUAUACAAAAUACAAGAUUUCUUUAUUGUCAUCAACAAACACGAAGCUGCGAACUACGCUGUCUUCAGACAUGCAGCAAUGAUACCGGUAGUAUAAAAUAAUCAAUAUAAAAAUACACGGAGAAGCUCUACCGAAACAGAAACAGGCCUAAUUAUAACCACUUGGGUCUUAUUUUGACAUUGAGAAAGUCAAACGUAAACGUAGUAUACUAAACGAAAAGAG